AUGGCGGCGGGCGGCCCGGCCCGGCGGUCGCGCACGGGGGCUGGAGCGCGGGGCUGGGGCCGCACCGACGCCCGCGGCCCAGCCUUUCCGGAGCGGCAGCGGCCGCAGAGGCCUCCCGGGCGCUCUGCGAAGGGAUUCCUGGAGGGAGAGCGCCCGCAAACCACUUCUGCUGAGCCUGCGCACGAAGAGCCGGCAGAGACCCGCCGCCAGCAGAAGGGCGGCCCCGGGACGCCGAGCGUGGUAGGACGGCCGCGGCCGGGGAGAGGCGGCGGGGCCGGGUGGGAGUGGGUGCAGGUGGUUAUGAACACCUACGUGCUGAGCAACGCCGUCAGGACAUUAGCUGAGGGAUUUGAGCCACCUGCCAGCGCUUUGUGCAGCCGCAGGGCCGGCGCUGGAGCCGUUCCUGGGCCGCGCUGCUGCGGCAGUCUCCAGCUGCAGCGGCAAGCAGCUCGUAAACGGCCCCCAAAGAGGCUUAAAAGUGAAAAACCUGCUCCAGUCAAACCAGAACUCAAACCAGAAGAGUUUACAGGUAGAGGUGAAAGCCUUGCUGCACUGGGGGAAGCACCUAAGCCAUCUGAUGGGGACCAACGUCCAGAAGAUCCAGAAGACUGCAGCUUAAUUCAUCAGGAAAAAGGUGAAAGCAUUCCAGAACUGAAGGAAGACAAACAGCAAAAGGAACAGGAUGCUCCCCCUGAGCCACACACAGUGAAAUCCAGCAGUGCCCCAGCAAAACUGGGCAGUGAUGAACAGCUGCACAUCUACAGCGAGGAGGAGAGGAGCUGUCAGAGUCUGCUUUCAGAUGAGUCCAGCCUGGGGGACGCAGAUGUGCCCAGGAGGCUGAUGGAGCUGGACAGCAGUGCUCUGCUGAAUGAGGACAGCAACCAGCCCAUGCCUGUGGCUCGCUUCUUUGGAGAUCUGGAGCUCCUGCGGGAUCUCCCAGCAGCUGCUCUCCCAAGCACAAUGAUGAGCAGGAGGGAAUUCAGAAAGCUUCAUAUCAUUGCAAAGGAAGAGGAGGAGGAGGAGGAAGAGGAUGUUGUCUAA